ACUACCGGCAAAGAUGGAGAACUUUGAAGAGAUGGCUGAUGUUCUUAGGAGAGUUUCCUUGAUCUCCACAACGAAACCUGAGCAACUGGCGGAUAAGUUAAGUAAAGAGAAACACACCCCAAAUGAUACUUUGUACCUGGUGCGGAUGUUAUGUUUGCUAUUCGGUGCGCUCGGUAUAUUGCCUAUGAGUUUCUUCGUCACGGCCAAUGAUUACUGGAUGUAUAAAUUUAGAGAUCCCGCAAAGGAUACGGUAGAUCUGAACAAUAAGACAACCCUUGAAAAAUAUUUCUUCUCAGGAGGGAUGGUAGUCCAAUCAGUACCUUCUGUAGCGGCCAUGUUAUUAUCAGUAACAUACGGACCUAGAUUUAAAGCUAGCUCCAGAAUUCUUUUAUCUGUGACUUUCGUAAACGCUAUUUUCGUAGUAUUUACUGCCUUCAUAAAGAUUAACACUGAUACAUGGCAGGUGGCAUUUUUUGUGCUUACUCUUGCGGCAAUGUCGCUUCUAACAGGUACCCUUAACCUGUUUCAAGUCACCUCUACAGCUAUUGUAUCGAAAUUCCCCCCAGUUUACAUGAAGACCUUCUUAUUCGGUCAGGGAAUUGCCACGAUUUUCAGCGCACUUAUGCAAAUUCUAUCCUUGAGUCUUGGAACCUCUACAGAAGCUUCAGCACUGUUCUACUUCAUCGUAGGCGAUCUAAUAAUCUUUUCAACCUGGUUUUUGCAUCUGUUCGUUCAAAACACGACUUUCUACAAGUAUUACAUGCACCUAGAGGUGGAAGAUACGAAGAAGAAGCACACGAGAGAAGACAUUAAGGUCGCCUUCUUUCGAAUAUGGCCUUGUUUGGCUAUAAUGAUUCUUGGAUUCGUUACUAUGAGUAUGAUGCAUCCCACUAUUACCACUUUAGUCGUUUCAGAGAACUAUGGCAAUGGGAAUAAAUGGAACGAUGUGUACUUUAUACCUACCAUUACGUAUUUGUUUACCGAACUCUGCUCACUGUUUGGAAGGUUAACGUCUAGGGCCAUAAUUACGAAAUCUAACAGUAUCUGGGUAGUAGGCUUUGUGCUCCUUAGGAUGGUAAUUCUACCACCUCUGGUGUGGUUUUGUAAUGCGCAGCCCAGAAAUCACCUUCCAGUUCUAUUUCCACACGACUGGGAGUACAUCCUAGUUCUUGUAUUGUGCUCUGCGAGUUCCGGCUACUUAAUGAAUGCUGGUAUGCUCAGCAUCCGAGAACUCGCAGGGGAUAAAGAAGACGUGUCCUAUUUAAUCAUGCUUAGUGUCGGAGGAAUAUUUGGGUGUCUACUUUCUCCCAUUAGUCUAGUAAUCGUUCAUAUACUGUGAUAGAAUAUAAUCUUACCAAUCUUUGGCUUUGGAACUUUUCAAGGAUUCGCCAUUGCACGGAGCAAUUGAAGCCCAGAGUGAAAGUGUAGUUUGUAGAGAAAUUCUUCUUCAGUUGAGUUAUGGAUUGUCUAUGCCAGUUAUAUAUAAUACCAAUUACAUUAACUGGUAACAGAAGAAAAGAUUAAUAGGAAAAUAUUUAAAAAGGGGUUUUUACGUGAAAUAUCAGUACGCAUAUAGCGGAGAAGGACAGAAACACACUGUUCCGGCACAGUAUAGAUAAAUAUUUUGCUGUGGUCCAGUGACGCGUGUUGCCACGUUAUACGCCACCACGUCAGCAAAAUCUCUUUAUGUUUAAGAAGGGUAUAAUCGUUCAUUGUGUGCAUAUAAUGCGUACACAGUGCACAUUGUUGUGAUGCCUUCUCUCACUUGCUUGAUUUCUUAUCAUGCAGGUAAAUAAGACUGCAUCAAAAAUUCACCAAAUUUUGUUAAUUAACAAGAACCGGGAAAACUCGAAUGUGUAUAAUAUGAUUAAUAAUAAUUAGACCCUAUAAAGCCUAGAAUAUGGAGGUAAAAGCCCGACAAGAAUAAAGUGUUUGCAUCAAA